AUGACAAUCGAAAUAAGACCAAAAAAGCGCAAGCGAUGGGCUGAUGUCGACAUAGGGGGGGGCGUCACUGUGGAGAAAGGCACGCUCGAAAAACUGAGCCGUGCCUGUGAGAGUGGCCCUGGCAAAUUUGCCAGGGCUCUUUUGCGAAUUGUUUUUACAGAGGAUGAGCUGCGAGGAAGGACACUGCUGGGUGGCAGGAGUAAUUUACACAUUGACCAGCCACUGAAGGAGGCCUUGGACCCUGUUCGUGUUCAAGCUGUGAUUGACUACACAUGCUCCAAGUUUCCUUCGGCCAGCAUCUCCUACAUAAAGAACAGCCUGUCCUCAAUGCUCGCAAGGGACGGCACGGGUGGAGAACGCCUGCCCGGCCUUCGUGGCCGCAUCACUCAGUUGGUGGGCAUCUCCACGGCGACGGGCGUGUGCAAGCCCUGUUUUCAGCCGCUGGACGAGAGUAGUUCGUUUUUUUUCCGAGAGGUGGCGACGGACAAUCGCAGUUUAUCUCGGGUGCGGUCGCGUCAGCUGACAGAGAGAACGGCGUCAAGUUCGCGACUCGGCGCGCUAGAAAAGCGACGCGGAUCUCGCGAUUCCGCUGCUUCAACGGCUGAUUUCGUUGACGAAACAAGCAGCGAAGAGUCGGAAGACGACUUCGGAAGUUCAGAUUUCAGUUCGGACAGCAAGUCAGGGGACGAUCAGCAUGGAAGUUCAACAAGUGGACAAAGGGUUUCAACAACGUAUGGCAAUGACGUCCUGCCACCAGCGCAGAAGCGGAUCAUCUUUGCGCCGCGACGGGCACCUGGCGUACACAUCACCGACUGUGUGGGUGUGGCACUCAGGAGCGGACCAAAAAAAUUUCUGACGGCCCUUGACUUCUUCGCUCUUUUUUUCACCACGCAAGUGAUCACUACGGUUUGUGAAAACUCAAACAAAUACGGCUGGACGAAAAUACUCGAAAAACCGACGCACGCUCGUUCCGAUGGUUCGUGGGAAGAGGUGACCCCGGAUGAAAUGAUGAAGUUCAUUGGCCUUAUAAUUUACAUGGGCCUCGUCAAGGUUCCGCGGCUGAAGCUUUACUGGAACGUGGGAGAACUCUACAGUGGCCUGCUUCCACGACGAAUAAUGCCUAGACGCCGUUUCAUAGCGUUGCUCGCUAUGCUACAUGUUGCUGACUUGGACGAUGUGAGCCAGCUAUCGAGAGGGAAGCUCCGGUUCGUAUGGUGGCUCAUGGAGCAAGUGAAUCAGGUGUCGGCGAAACUUUUUCAGCCACAUCGUGAUCUCUCCAUCGACGAACGGAUGGUGAAAUCCAAAGGGCGAUCGGGCAUUAGGCCAUAUAUGAAAGAUAAGGUCACAAAAUGGGGCUACAAGCUCUGGGUCCUAGCUGAUCCCGGCACCAGAUACACGGUACGUUUCAGUGUAUAUACCGGCAAGCGGGAUCAGCCAGGGCCUCAUGGAUUGGCAUUCGAUGUAGUUUGCCAGCUGUGUGCCGAAUAUCUUGAUCAGGGAUAGCGAAUAUUCAUGGAUAACUUCUACAUAUCGACGCAUUUGUUCAGUCACCUGAUUGACCGAAGAACAUUGGCUUGCGGUACAACUGAGAAAAGACCGGCGAGGAUUUCCUGGUGAACUAAAAGACACACGUUGGGAGAAAAAAGCGCGACAUGGGGACGUAAGAUGGCUCCGUGAUCGUGGUAUAUUGUACCUCCAAUGGAAAGACCGUCGGGUUGUCAACAUGAUGAGCACCAUUCACACAGCAAACAUGACCGUCACAGCAAAAAGAAGGGAAAAAAGGGGAAACACUUGGGCUCAAAUUUCUGUACCGAAGCCAUUGCUUAUACACGACUACAAUGCUGGAAUGCUAGGAGUAGAUAAAUCGGACCAGAUGAUUGGCUAUUACAACGUCCUCAUGAGAACUGUUCGGUGGUGGAAAACACUCUUCUUCCACUGCAUUGAUAUUGCAUGUGUAAAUAGUUUUAUUUUUAUUUCAAGCACACCGUGCAUCACACCCAGAGAUCCCCGAACUUGAAAGAAAAGCUGAAUAUGACCACCUUGCAUUCAGGGAAGAACUCGUUUGCCAGAUUUUCAACCUCGAUGGUGCCAAGCCAGCUCGCACUCCUCCACCACCUUCCACUAAACGAACGCUCCACAAGCCAGAAAACGCAAAAAGGCGCAGAAGCUGCAAGCUGUGCUAUGACCGCAACAAAGUUGAACUAAAAUCUAAUUGUUUCUGCAGAACUUGUGAUGUGCACUUGUGUUUCACUACUACUCGAAAUUGUUUCCUGCAGUGGCAUGAGAGCCAGCAGCUGUGAUGGGCACACGAAUGCUCUGAUGCUGAAGCGAGCUAAAAAAAGGCAGUUAUAGAUAGGUGGACCAAACCUUUUACAUUUAAGAAAGAAGACAUUUUGCCACAUUUUGUAUAUUUUGAAUUUUUUUAGUUCACAGUUUUACUUGUAUAUGCAUGCCUUUUGAAACUUUAUGUUGGUUUUUGGUUAAACUUUCCUUUUGGCACUUUUUCUUGAUUAUGUAUAUAAUUUUUAUGCAUAAUAUUUAGA